AUGAGAAUGAAAGAAUUAAUUUGUGAUAUGAGCAGUAAGAGAAAAGAGGCAGUACAGAUGAAGUUUGGUAAAUAUCUUGAGAGGCAUCAAGUCUCUGAGUGGAGAAAGAAAUAUGUUUACUACAAGAUGUUCAAGAAGCAAAUCAAGGCAAUCAAACGUGCUAUCACCGAAGAUGAAGAACGACCAAUGAUGUUUGUAGGAUCCAUCAGAAGACGACUCAAAAUGGAUUCAAGUGAAACUGUUGGUGCAUCAAUGUCUGGAAUACCCUUACAGCAAAUUCAACAACAAAAUAAUCAACAACAACAACAACAACAACAAAAUAUAGAUUAUAAUGAAUAUAAUGAUAAUGAUAAUAAUAAUAUAAAUAAUAAUCAAGAAGAUAGUAAUAACAAUAAUAGUUUAGAUAAUAAUAAUAAUACAAAUAAUUUAGUAUCGUUUGGAUCGGUUAGUUCAGUUAAUUCAUUGCAUUCAACAAAGAAUCAAGAUCGUGAGCAGAAAAAGUUUGAUCAGAUGCUCAACGAUGAGUUUGACAAGGUCAAUGCAUUCUAUGUGCAACGUGAAGAGGAAUUCAUUAGGCAGUUCAACAAUAUUCGUGAUAUUCUUACUUCGCUGCCAAAGAAGACAAAGAAGUCAAACUCGUCGAAAGACAAAGAGAGGGAGAAGGAUAAAGAUAGAUUGAGAGAAGACAAGUCGUCAACUCACAACCUGUCGUCUUCUAUCGCAUCGCCAUUCUCAUUCCUUCAACAUAGAAAAUCAAAGAGAUUAUCUACCAAACUAUCGACUUCAACACCCAAUCCAAGUAGGUUACACACAAGUCAACAACAGCAACAGCAACAGCAACAACAACAACAACCAACACAUUUAAAUUAUUCUUUCAAUAAUGAUUUACCAACGGAUAAUGCAACAACAAGAUCUAUUGAAGAGAUUAUUAUUCAACCAGCAACACCACCAUUUUCACCAUCGAGUUCACCACUACCAACACCAGUACAAUCUCAACCACCACAACUAUCAGCAGCCAAAACAAUAUUACAACACGCAUCGAAAGCAGAAACAUAUACACCCAAAUUGAAACCAACAAAGAUCAAGCGAUCCCUUAAGAGAGCACUACAAGAAAACUACAGAGAAAUCGAAAUACUCAAAGAAUAUGUACAUUUAAAUCACACUGCUUUUAGAAAGAUCUUUAAGAAGUACGAUAAAGUUUUGGGUAUGAAAAAGAGUGAUGAAUAUAUGGCUAGAGCGUUCGAACAAUAUUUUUAUAAAUCCAAAAAGAUUACUGCCAUUGAACAUGAGAUAGAGGUGUUGUAUACCGAUUACUACAAUCCAGGUAACAGAAGAGAGGCCAUGACCAAGUUGAGAAUCAACCAAGACUAUCGCGCUCCCUCGCAUGUUAUUUUUCAAACUGGAUUGCUCACCGGUGGAUCUAUCACUCUAUUUAUUUUUUGUGUUAGGUAUAUGGUUGGCAAUGUAUCUAUAUUUUACUUUGACGAUCCAUAUCCUGUCGACUUCCUUUCAAUGUUUAUUUUAUUUAGAUGUUUAUUAUUACCUAUUAUUAUGAUUUGGUAUUUUGGUGUAUUAAUGUAUGUUUGUAAUGGCAAAAAGAUAAAUGAUACAUUGAUUCUUGGUUGGGAUCCAAGGACAACGACAAACUAUCAGCACAUUCUGUUUCUGGCGAGUGUACUGACGUUCUUUUGGAAUGUUGCUCUCUAUCUCUAUGUUCGAUUCUGGCUGAUAAAGACGUUUGCUCGUAUCUUUAGUGCACCGAUGCUCACCGUCAAGUUCAAAGAUUUCUUCUUUGGCGAUCAGUUUACGUCGCUCGCUCUGGUGCUCAGCGAUUUCGAGUAUACCAUCUGCUUCUUUGUCUACGAUAUCUGGACGAGUGAAGGUCACUGCUGGCGAUUCAACCCGUACUUCCGACCGGUGCUCGUCUCGAUACCACCGUUGCUUCGUGCACUCCAAUCGAUUCGUCGUUAUCGUGACUCGAAACAACGCAUUCACAUGAUGAACUUUGGCAAGUAUUCCGCCACCAUUCUCACCUCGGUGAUGUCUGCCAUUGCACACUCGCCAUUCUCCACCGGUGCACUGUACAGACCUCUCAUUGGCGUGUGGAUUGUGUUCCUCUCGAUCAGCUCUGUCUACAGCUGCACUUGGGACUACCUAAUGGAUUGGGAUGUCCUACACACCAACAGCAAGAACUUCCUACUACGUGACCACCUAGUCUACCGUAGCAAACUCUUUUAUUAUUGGGCGAUCAUCUCCAAUGCCAUUCUAAGAGUCAGUUGGUCCAUUACAGUCUCGUUCGAAUCAUAUUCAUCCAAAGAGAAAGAGUUAAUUCUUUUGGGUACCACCAUACUUGAGGUUACAAGAAGAUUCCAAUGGAAUUUCUUCCGUCUCGAGAAUGAACAUUUAAAUAAUGUUGGUAAAUUUAGAGCUUUCGAUUUGAAGAUACCAGAAAUCUACACUAUUCCUGACACACCAAGAAGCAAUCAAUCACAACAACCAUUAAUACAACAACAAUCACAAUCACAAUCACAACAUUUAUCUACAGAACAAAACAUCAGUAAUAACAGUGAUAAAAUUAGUAAUAUCAGUAGUGAUUUAUGUGGAUCCGAACCAAAUACAUCGUCACCAACUCAACAACAAUCCGAUAAUGAAUACGAUGAAAACCAACAUAAUAUCAUAAAUUUACACGAUGAUAUCGAAAUAUCCACCAGUGAAAAUAAAUAA